AUGGAGAAAAUUGAACACCGCGCCGUUAUUAAGUUCCUUACCAAGCAAGGAAAAUCCGCUCAGAUUAUUUUUCAAGAGCUGUUGGCUGUUUACGGGGACUCUGCCCCUGGAAAAACCAUGGUUUACAAGUGGCAUGGUCUUUUCAAACAAGGAAGAGAGUCCAUUGAAGAUGACCCACGCUCCGGACGGCCAAUUGAGGCCACCACUUCGGAAAUCGUCGAAAAAGUAGAAAAACUUGUAUUGGAAGAUACCCGGUGGAAGAAGAAGCAGCUUGCAGCAAUGAUUGGAGUAUCCGAAACCAGUAUUUUGAAUAUUCUACAUGAUCAUCUUGGCAUGACUAAGGUCAGUGCAAGAUGGGUUCCGAGAAUGCUCACGCCACUUCAAAAACGUGAACGUGUCGAAUGUUCUCGUCAGUUUUUGGAGCUCUGUGGAGAGAGAAAGGAAGAAAUUAUGGCCCGGAUUGUUACUGGUGAUGAAUCCUGGGUUCACCACUAUGAACCUGAGUCAAGCAAGAGUCGAUGCAGUGGCAUAAAAAAGGCACACCUCCUCCAAAGAAGUACAAAGUGA